CAGCAGCUGCCACCAGAUCAUGAGCCAUCAGCUCCUCUAGGGCAGGCAGUAAGACAACAAAACUCAACAAAGGACCGAGCGCACCAGGAACCAUGGGACAGUGUCGGUCAGCCAAUGCUGAGGAUGCCCAGGAAUUCAGUGAUGUGGAGAGGGCCAUUGAGACCCUCAUCAAGAACUUCCACCAGUACUCUGUAGAGGGUGGGAAGGAGACACUGACCCCCUCUGAGCUACGAGACCUGGUCACCCAGCAGCUGCCUCACCUCGUGCCGAGCAACUGUGGGCUGGAAGAGAAAAUUGCCAACCCGUGCAGCUGUAGCGACUCUAAGCUGGAGUUUGGGAGUUUCUGGGAGCUGAUUGGAGAAGCAGCCAAGAGUGUGAAGCUGGAGAGCCCAGUCCAAGGGAGCUGAGAACUCCCCCUGGAAUGCUUGGCAGGUGUUGGGGAGAGGGGCCCUUAGAGACUGUGGGUCUAGAAAUAAAAACUCUUUCACCACC